CGCCAUGAUGAACAAAUGACCUCGCGGGGAAUGAAAUUUAAGUUCCCGGGGGAGAGAGUUCUCUGCUUCGAGCCCGACCCCACCAAGGCCAAAGUGCUCUAUGAUGCCAAGAUUGUUGAUAUUAUUGUUGGUAAAGAUGAGAAAGGCAGAAAGAUUCCAGAAUAUCUAAUCCAUUUUAACGGUUGGAACAGAAGCUGGGAUAGAUGGGCAGCUGAAGAUCAUGUCCUUCGUGAUACUGACGAAAAUCGCAGAUUACAGCGUAAAUUGGCGCGGAAGGCUGUGGCUCGCAUGAGAAGAAAAGGAAGAAAGAAGAGACGUUGCAGGUUGCCUGGCGUUGACUCUGUUUUAAAAAGCCUUCCUGCUGAGGAAAAUGACCAUAAUAGUGAAAAAACUGUAAGUAGUUCUUCUGAUGACAGUGAUGAAGGAACAGAUGAAGAAAUAAAAAGUGAAGAAAGUGACAUAGAAGAGAGGACAGAAAUGAAAGAAGAUCAAGACACUCAUUCAAAAAGGGAGAUGGAAGAAAGAGCAAUAAACAUAGAAAUUCCUGAAGUCUUGAAAAAGAAGCUUGAAGAAGACUGUUACUAUAUUAAUAGAAGAAAACGGCUAGUGAAGCUUCCUUGCCAGACAAACAUUAUAACCAUCCUGGAGUCAUAUGUGAAACAUUUUGCUAUUAAUGCUGCAUUUUCAGCCAAUGAGAGGUCUCGGCACCAUCAGAUGACUCCACAUGCUAAUAUGAAUCUUCAUUAUGUGCCACCAGAGAAGAAUGUUGAGCUGUGUAAGGAGAUGGUGGAUGGGCUGAGAAUAACCUUUGACUUUACACUUCCACUGAUUUUGCUCUAUCCUUAUGAGCAAGCUCAAUUUAAGAAGGUGACUUCAUCAAAAUUCUUUCUUCCUAUCAAAGAGAACUCAACAAAUACUAACAGAAAUCAGGAGGAGCUUUCUCCAAGCCCUCCUCUACUGAAUCCACCGACGCCUCAGUCAACGGACAGCCAGCCUGCGACAGCGGAGCCAGCCACACCAAAAAGGCGGAAGGCUGAACCUGAAAUUCUGCAGUCGCUGAGACGUUCUACACGGCAUACCUCUAACUGUGACAGGCUGUCAGAAAGUAGUGCUUCCCCACAACCUAAGCGGCGGCAUCUUGAGACCCCAACUUCGAUGCCAAAGCUCUUCUUGCACCUGGAGAAAAAAACCCCUGUUCAUAGUGGAUCAUCUUCACCUAUAACUCUGACUCCUAGCAAGGAGGGGAGCGCAGUUUUUACCGGCUUUGAAGGCAGAAGAAACAAUGAAUUGAAUGAGGUUUUGUCCUGGAAACUGAUGCCAGAGAAUUAUCCACCAAGUGAUCAACCACCACCUCCGUCAUACAUUUAUGGAUCUCAACAUCUGCUACGCAUGUUUGUAAAGCUACCAGAAAUACUGGGGAAGAUGUGCUUUCCUGACAAAAACCUCAAGGCUUUAGUAAAACACUUCGAAAUGUUCCUAAGGUUUUUAGCCGAAUACCAUGAUGAUUUCUUCCCAGAAUCUGCUUACGUAGCUGCAUGUGAAGCAUACUACAGUACUAAAAAUCCCCGGGCAAUCUACUGAAGCUAUUAAUAAAGAUUGAAUCCUACUACAUGUAGCCAGUGACAAUGCUGUUCUGCCACAUGGCUACAAGAUGAAGAUGAAAGAAUUGAAACAACUGCAGGAGCUGAAAUAGGGGAAUAUCUUCUGUGAUGGCUGGACUACUUAGCAGGAAUGAGGAACUUCUCAGAGAAUGUGCAUAGACUGCAUUGUGAAUUGCUUAGGGAAUUGAAUCGAACUCUACUUCAGAUGAACGAAGAUGCCUCACUCUGUCUGCUAAUGCAUAGAACUGCAUAGAACUAUUAAAAAGGGAGGCGAAAGCAGAUGCAUUAGCAACAGGACAUUGCUAUUUUGUUUUAGCUUGACCCUUUCCAGCCUGAGUAAUAGGACUUGACUGCACAGUUACAUGAAGAGAAUUCGUAACUGGUAUCUUAUGAAUUUUUCCUUGCAAAUUGCACUUCGUUUUGUGAAACUUAAAAAAAGAUUGCUUAAGUUAAAGGAUUUUCUUGCUGUUUGGCUAGUAUGACAUCUGCCUCAAGAAUGACUUUGCUUAAAUGAAAGAUGUGUUGCUUACUUUGCAUUUUGCAAAGAUGUCGCUAGCUCUUUCUGUGGUAAGGCUAUCAGAGUUCCAAGGAGAGCAUGCCUUGCCAGUGAUGCAACUUUUACCUGGCAAUAAAUGAUUUCCAGAGCCAUUAGAAAAGAACAGAUUUUCUACUAGUAAGUGGAAAAGUCAAUAAAGUGAUGGCAGUUUAACUGGCAAAUACUACUUUUCUUAAUAAAGAACACAAUGGCCGCUUCUUAAAUGUGUGGUUUUGACUGUCUUAAAAUGUCUUGUGCUUGAUUAAUAUUUUUGAGUUUAAGUAUGCAUAGCAUUACAUGGGAAUAUUGACAACAUAGGGAAGAAACCUCUUUCUGUAACAUUGUUUUCUUAUACAGUCUUUAAAACUGGGUAAGGAAACAUUCUUUUACACAUUCCCUCUGGAAAUAGACAUUCAAUCAGAACUGAUUUUGUAGCAUUGACAGUAUAUUCAGUAGAAUGUAACUGAAAUAUUCUUGUCUUGAAUAUCAUUAAAACCUUGUCCACAGCAUAGAACUCUGUGCUUCAGAGUUCUCUUCUUUGUCAAGACAAACAAUGGGCAGAAAAUUGGACUCCAAACUCAUAGACUAGUGCCCUCUUCACUUUGUAAUCCUUCCUAGUUUACAAAACUUCCAUUAGAAUACUUGUAAGUGUAAAAGAGAAAAUAUUUGUCAUAGAUCAGGAGAAGCUUGUACUUAGGAGGAAUUAUUUUUCAAAUGUAAAUGGAAAACUUAGUCUAAGAGGGCAAAGCAAACCUGAAAUCUACUUUUGACACUCAAAUUCUCUUUCUUUUCAGUACUGAGCUGGUUUGUUAAGCUUUUGAGCUGAGAAGUUAGGGAUUACUUCAGUUUUAGCAAUUUAGGCUCUGCUCUUUAGAAAAGCUUAUGUAAAGAUUCUGUUGAAUGUAAUGGUUGCUAAACAAGUGUUUGUGUUUUGCAUGGAUGCAAGCAAAUUUGGUCCUUCUUUCUAAAGAUUAGUGUUCAAUGGUACUCUGUUGUCUUUCUGUAAUAGCAAAAAUCUGUGGCUUUAGUCUUUCUCAAAUUACAGAAGUUUUGAAUCUAGCAGAUUCAGAGUACCUCAAAAUCCACUCUGCAAAUGUGUUUCAUUCUAGGCUGAGACCGUAGUCUUUUAUAAAGAUGAUCCAGCAAAAUACCAGUGACAGUCUAAUGAGACAUUUGUCUUGGAAUGCAGCCCGCAACUCCAUCCUUAAUCAGUUAUGCUGUAGGAAUGUUAUUGUGUAUAAUAUGAGAAAUUUAUUCUUGUUCUACUGUUUUUAUCUGAGUACCAGACAAGUUACGAAGAACUGAAAUGUAAUUGUCUGCCUGUAUAACUGUUUCAAGGAGAGCUUCUGUUCGCAGUAGUUAUUAAGUGUCACUAUUGACUCACUGAUGGGUCAUGAUGAUUCUCAAAAGACAGGUGGAAAAUUCUGAAGGCCCAGUUAGCAUAGUCUUGAUGUGAACAAACUCGAUGGUGAAAUUCACUUGAAACUGUUCCUGGAUAUAUUACAGACUGUCUUGCUUAUGACAACCAAAAAGCUUUUCUCAAAAGUAUCACCUUUUUGUACUUCUUGACACUUCCAGUUGACAUGACCUCCCAGGAUGGUCUCUCUGAAUUUAUAAAAGCUGGUUUAUAUUCGGUUACAUCAGUGUGCAUCUUUGACAUCCCUCUUCCCUACUGUUACUUUUUUCUUUAACUGAUUUGUUUUCAUACCUGUGGGUGUGGUGUUUCUGUUUUUUUUGCUUGAUUUUUGUUUUUUGUUUUUCAGUUAUAUUUUUAACUGGAGACAAGGCAAGAGAUUUGCGAAAAUGUGAACCACAUUGGGGAUGAGCGUAGUUCUUGGUAGUCAUAAAUUAUAUAGAAACUUAGCAGGUUAGCCCUAAAAUUCACACUGAAGUAUCCAGAGUAUUAGGUGGCUAAGGGAAGCUUAAUAGUGUAACCAUACUUCUGUUUUUUUCUAUAACUCUUCAAAUGCCCUUGCUUGGUCAGAUUUUUUUAUGGGAUUCGUAGCCAUCUGAACAAAUGAGAGAGGUUUCUGCACUUAGCUCUUUGUCACUCAUGGGUUGCUGCUUGUAGAGCUGCUCAUAUCAAUGAUUUCUAACCCGAUUCAGUCAGCAUGGCUUAGGUUAGCUGAAGAAAUAUGAAAACCUGAUUGAAGCAGGCUUGCAACUGUUACGUGACCAUGCUUGCCAGCAGGCUUCUGCAGAGGAGGGGCUGAGCUGAGGAAGCAGCUUGAAGAACAGUAACAACUUAAACUGGCACGGCUGUAACUCACGUGCCUUGGUUCCAAAUGGGGCAUUUUGUGUGUGCAUUUAAGGAAAUUAUACUAGUGUGAUAGCAUACUUAAGCUGGUAAAUCUCUGAAGGCAAGUUCUCGCACUUAACGUUCAAGAGUAGGCUGUGUCAACAGUAACUAUGGUGUGGGGUUUUGAAGACAGCUAUCUGACCAUUUCUGUGGGAAGGCAAGGGAAAACUGCAGCCUGCUUGCUUUGGUUUUUAUCAGCAUUGAAGUGCUUGAGUGACUUGACACUGGGCUAUAAAAGUAUGAAACACUGUGAGUGAAGUUUUUUCAGAUGGCCGAAGAAGCUUAACAAAAUGUAACCCUGAUGUUCUUCAGCUUGAUUUCUAGUUUUUUAUUUUACUUGCACCUAUUACACUUCCAAAAACCCAGGUGGUGCUGUUCUUUCAUGUGUGCCAACUAGAGCUGCUGCAUUGCCUUUCUUUUUGGUACUGCAUUGCUAUGUUUUUCAAACUCCACUGAACAACUAGCUCUGUUCCAAAGCUCCUGCUUCUAUAGUGCCACCUUCUACUGAGAUAAUAGCGCUUGGUCACAAGUGUUUUGGUUUUAAAGUAUGCUUUAUGCCCCACUCUGAAAGAAAGCUCAUGCAGAUGUUGGGGUUUCAGUUAGCAUUUGGUGUGAGCUAGCAGCAUGUGUGGAGUCAGCUGCUGUGUCUGCAAUGUUCAGUGUGAAUUUGUCAGGCACCAGCGUGGGAUCAUGUUGCUCUGUGUUACGUUGAGAAGUGUCUGCAGUCACGAGAGGAAAUAAAAGGCCGAUAGGAAAUAAAAAGCUGUUACUGCUUUUUGUGUUUGCAUCGUAACUGUUAUCAAGGUGUUUGGUAAAUACACUGAGGAGUUGGUUAUUGGAGUUAAAGUACAUACAAAUAUGAAAAAUCCUUGAUUUCCUGAAAACUGUUCAUUGCUCCUCUGGAGUCGUAAGAGUGUCUCCCGAAAGCAUUUGUAAAGGAGUGGAAAUGCAAGCUUUCCAAGGAGAAAAGCAGCAAUGUGUAUGUAUCAUUACCUUAGCCUCAAAUCAAACCUUUAUUGUGGUAGUUAGCUGCACAAAGCUUGGGCAGCCCCAAGUCUUAACCUCUGGCCAGCUGUGUUUGAUCACUUCCUACUCCUUGGCCCAUUAGCUGAGCAGAAAAGCAGGCUUGCCCUUGAUGCAUAAAUUCUACUUAUUAAUUUCAAGAAGAAAGUGCCAGAUAAUCACAUUGUGAGCAUACUUAGCCCAAAAGCAUCAAGAAGUGUAUUUUUGUGCUUUGUUCCUGUGUACUGUAGCAUCUCCUUUGUGAUAUGAGUUGAUAGCAUUUAAUAGCAUUGUCAAGCCAAGUUACUUCUGUGCUAAUACAUCGCAGUGUAAUGAGUUUCUUUGGAACAAUGGUUCUUGAUAGUAUGUUGCUUUCUUGAUGUUUAUGACCAUAAUCAGUAUAAUCUGGAUGCGUUUCCAUUGUCAUUUUUUUCCCACUUGUUUAUGAGACAGUGUAUUAGGAGGGAUUGUCAACUUGUUCUGUCGCUGCAUCAUUUUUCGGUAAGAAAUUAAUGAAUACAGAUACUAUACAUAUACACCCGGAGAAAUAUGGUAUAGAAACACUAGAAUGCAGUUCCUACCUCAGUUUUGGUGAUUUUUGCUUUAAAAAGUUCGGAGAAUAUUUUGCCUUGGGAAAAUGUUAUUAGCAAUGACUUAAGUGGCAGAUGUGGAUGCUUACUAAGAUCUAACUCAAUGCGUCCUCUCUAUUGCAUGCAUUAUGUAUUUUGCCUUUCUAUUUCAUAUAACAGCUGACUUUUUUUGCAUUGAGGCUCAAGAUUAUUGCAAACUGAGUAAAAUCAGUGAAAUAUAAACAUGUAUCCUAAGAUGAAAGGAAAAAAUCAGAAGAAAUCUGUGUUUUGUUCUUUUUUUUUGAAAAGAAGUGCAUCUUGUUCCUUGAUAUGUCAGUUGGUUGAUCACAUCACACAAAGUGGCUAACAAUGUUAAAAGAAAUUUUUCAGAUGCAAAUUGAUAAAUCCUGGCACUAAUAGAGACCUUUAACAGUAUCGUCCAAGGAGUGGGGUGAGUUCUCUGCCACUUUUUUUCUGAUAGAAAUGACUGAAGGUUUUGAUUGAGAAUACCUUUCUCUCACUGAUCCAGGAUACUGGACCUACUUCAGGGGAAAAUAAUCCAGGUAUUAAAGUGUUGAAUCAUACAGUAUGUUCCUGUGGAUAUUUCGGUGUGAUGCCAGAGUGUAUUUAACAUCUGUAUAGCAAAAAGUGUAGAGAUAAAUGUGUUCAGUUUCUAGCAAAAUGAGCAGCAGACGCUUCAGUCAAAGCAGUAGUGUAUUUCUCAUGCCUCUAAUCUCUGUGAAUGUUUUUCCAGUCUUUAAUUGUAAUCUAUUAAUUUACAGAUCUAGUAUUUUAACUUAUUAAUCUCUAAACUCCUUGAAAUAAAGAUAUCUCCCAAG